AUGGCAGCAGGAGUAGCAGCUUGGUUGCCAUUUGCGCGGGCAGCAGCCAUAGGAUGGAUGCCAGUGGCCACAAAUCCCAUGCCAGCUGCUCCCCGGCAGGAGAGAAAGCGAAGCCAGGACUCUCUGAUUGUGCUGAACGUGAGUGGUACCCAGUUCCAGACAUGGCAGGACACCCUGGAGCGCUACCCUGAUACACUGCUGGGCAGCUCGGAGCGGGACUUUUUUUACCACGCAGAGACACAGCAGUAUUUUUUUGACCGGGAUCCUGACAUCUUCCGUCACAUCCUCAACUUCUAUCGUACAGGGAAGCUGCACUACCCUCGACAAGAAUGUAUAUCAGCUUAUGACGAGGAGCUGGCCUUCUUUGGCAUCAUCCCUGAGAUCAUAGGCGACUGCUGCUAUGAGGAGUACAAGGAUCGCCGGCGUGAGAAUGCUGAGCGCCUGCAGGAUGAUGCAGAUCAGGAUCAUGCGGCUGAGUGUUCCCUGCCUUCCAUGACAACUCGGGAGAGAAUGUGGCGGGCCUUCGAAAAUCCACACACAAGUACACUGGCCCUGGUCUUCUACUAUGUCACUGGCUUCUUCAUUGCUAUCUCUGUCAUUGCCAAUGUGGUGGAGACAGUGCCCUGUGGGGUAAACCCUGGUCGCAUCAAGGACCUGCCCUGUGGGGAGCGCUAUGCUGUGGCUUUCUUCUGCCUGGAUACUGCCUGUGUCAUGAUCUUCACUGUUGAGUAUCUGCUGCGUCUGGUGGCAGCCCCCAACCGCUACAAGUUUGUGCGCAGUGUCAUGAGUGUUAUUGAUGUAGUGGCCAUCAUGCCCUAUUACAUUGGUCUGGUGAUGACAGAUAAUGAGGAUGUCAGUGGGGCCUUUGUGACAUUGCGUGUCUUCCGUGUCUUCCGGAUCUUUAAGUUUUCCCGCCACUCACAGGGGCUGCGCAUCCUGGGUUACACGCUAAAAAGCUGCGCCUCGGAGUUGGGCUUUCUCCUCUUCUCACUGACCAUGGCCAUCAUCAUCUUUGCCACGGUCAUGUUCUAUGCAGAGAAAGGUUCGUCAUCCAGCAAGUUCACCAGUAUCCCUGCGGCCUUCUGGUACACCAUCGUCACUAUGACAACGCUGGGGUAUGGUGACAUGGUGCCGAAGACAAUAGCUGGGAAGAUUUUUGGUUCAAUUUGUUCCCUGAGUGGGGUCUUAGUCAUUGCUCUGCCAGUUCCUGUAAUUGUCUCCAACUUCAGUCGUAUCUACCACCAGAAUCAACGAGCAGACAAGCGCAGGGCACAAAAGAAAGCCAGACUUGCUAGAAUUCGAGCAGCAAAGAGUGGGACUGCUAAUGCUUACAUGCAGAGCAAACGAAAUGGCUUACUGAAGAAUUCUAUGUAUUUACAGUCCAACAAGGAGGAAGAACAGAACUUUCUUAGCAAAUCUGGCUCUUCCUUUGAAACACAGCACCACCACCUGCUUCACUGUCUGGAAAAAACCACGGGUUUAUCUUAUGUUGUGGAUGAUCCCAUCUUAUCAAUAAGCUGUUCAACACCAUUUAAGAAUCACGAGUUUGUGGAUGAACAUGUCUAUGAAGACAGCUGCAUGGAGGUAUCCACAGUCAAUCGAUCCUCAAGCGACAGCCCCUCUCUCUCUUCCCAACAAGGCGUUACCAGCACUUGUUGCUCACGACGACAUAAAAAGACUUUCCGCAUUCCAAACACCAAUAUAACUGGCAGCCGCCCAGGCAGCAUACAAGAACUUAGUACCAUUCAGAUCAGAUGUGUGGAGAGAACAUCUCUAUCUAACAGCCGAUCCAGUUUAAAUGCCAAAAUGGAAGAGUGUGUUAAACUAAACUGUGAGCAGCCUUACGUCACAACAGCAAUAAUCAGCAUCCCAACACCCCCAGUGACCACACCCGAAGGGGAUAAUAGGCCAGAAUCUCCCCCAUAUUCAGGUGCAAAUAUUGUCAGAGUAUCUGCUUUAUAA